AUGAGCAAGUCUACACUGAACCCACAAAGGAUGAGCGAGAUGUACAAAUUUAACGUUGUUUCUAUCUGUCGACACUUCCGUGGUCAAAACAUCGGAGUCCUCGGCAAGUACUGGGUACCAAGAAACACCAACCUCCUCUGCAGCAUCAGCGCUAGUCAGGGCAACUUCAGCCUGAUUCCUUCCGACUUCUUCCAUCUUCUGAGCCCAAUGAUUAUUGAUGAAAUCACCUAUCGAAUAACCUUCCUCUUUCAUGACGUAUUCAAAUUCAGCCACUAG